CCUACUGCGUCCGAGAAUAAAUAAAUAGAGUUUGGACGCUGUUUAUAGAGCGGCCUCGAUUUGUUGCAAACCCGGCGAUUUCCGGAAUGCUGCCGUCUACUGGGCUGUUCAAGGACUUCCUCUGCCCGUACUUUGAUGGCAAGGACGGCCCCGACGACGCGGUGGCCUGCCGUCGUCCCUUCUGCCACUUCAAGCACGCCCGCAAAGACGAUGUGGAGACUGCUCCGCUUGCGGAACCCGCUCCCGUUCCGGAGUACAAGCCGGCGCCCAAGCUGCUCUCCCUGCCCCUGCCCCACAUCCCGCUGUGCGCCCCGAAGAAGAAGAAUAACCUGGAGUACCAUCCGGAGAAGCCGGCUCUGGACGCCUCUCCGGCGAAGAAGAAGCCGGAUGUGGCCGUGGACAGUGCCCCGACGUAUGUGCCCGCCCAGCCGGGCGGCAAAAAUGGAGACGGUGGUGGCAACGACGACGACUGGCAGGCGGUUCUCGAGAAGGAGAUCGACGAGCAGAUCCAGAUUGAGAUCGAGGAAGCGCCAUUGGCUUUGGAGAUAGAAAAAGAAAAGGAGAAGAAAGUGGAUCAUAGGGACAGGCAUGGCCGUGAGCACAAGUCUAGCAAGGAUCGGGAUAAUGACAAGUUAAGGGAAAGGGACAAAGAGAAAGCCAAAGACAAAGACAAGAACAAGGAGAUGGGAAGGAAGGAGAAAAGGGACAAGGACCUGGACAAGGACAAGGAAAGAAAGGACAAGGCAAAGCACAAGAGCAAGUCAUCGCACAGUGACAAAGAUCGCUCGAAGGAGCGCCAUACCUCCAGUUCUAGUUCCUCCCGACACAAAUCGUCGUCCUCCUCCUCCUCGUCCACCCAUAAAAAAUCCUCUAGCAGCGACAAGCAGCGCGAUGAGAAGACCUCAGAGAGCAGACACAAGAGCAGCUCCUCGUCAUCUGAUUCGAAGAGUCGCCCAGACAACUCCAGUUCCUCGAGCUCCCGCUCCAAGUCGAAGAGCAGCUCCAGCUCAACCAGCAAGAGCUCCAACACCGGCAAUGGCCCCUCCAAGAGGGAGCCGGAAGCCGAAAAGGAAGACAAAGCUGCUGAUGACCUUGAUGAACUGGACUUCGACUUUGAAGUGGACACCUCCGAGGGAGAGAUCGUGCGCCAGUGUGAGAUGAUUUUCGACGAGCUGGAGACCAAGUUUGCCCAAAUGCACAAAUCCGAAGCCGACGGUGAGAGCGGAGACGCUCCCAGUAGCUCCCGCAAACGUAAAGCUCCAUCCCCAGACAUUGAUACCUACACAGAGGCGGUAACGGCGGCGCUGCAGAAGAGGCGGGUGGCCCAUGAGAACGCGGACAAAAGCAGGCCGGUAGCGGCGCCAGCACCGGCAGUGGGCAAACCGAAUCAUAUCCGCAAUGCGAUGCAGGCGAUUUUCGAUCGCCGAGCGGAAAUUCGCCGCCAGGAGAGGCUGCAGGCGGCGGCAGCUAGCGAGCAACUGCGUCAGGCCCAGGAGCGGGUGCGAAAGGCGCAGGAAGAGCUCCGUCAGGCCCAGGUCAACUCAAAUCUCACACCGCUAAUCUCGCGCAGCGCCCUGACUCCGCCCGUUCGUACAGCUCGAAGCAUUGCUCCUGUGGCCAACAUUGUGGCCAUAGCUCGAGCCAAGAAGAAGAUCGAGGAGCUGCAAGCCGAAAAGAAACCCGCCUUCACACCUGCCCAGUCCUUUAAAGGCACCGGUCGGGUGGCCCACAAGUCAACGGUUGCCCUAGACAAGAGUGCCCCGGCAGCCAAUGGCGUCAAUGCCGAGAAGCCGACCGUGCUGGAGCCGCGCAGCUCCAAAAUAUCGUACAACGUGCGCACACAGUAUUACGAGAUGAUGGUGAAGCAUUGCACCGUUAUCUAUCCGAAUCUGACCGAUGCCUGGGAGCGGGCGCAGGUGGAGGAGCUGGCCGUGUUCAAGAAAUGCAACACGGCAGCCAUCUACAAGAACAGCUGCAUGCUGGCGAUCAACAAGCUGCGCAAGGAGGCUGUCGAGGCUGGUAACCGGCCAAGUGCGGCCUGCAAGACGGUCUCCCACGAGAUGAUGCUGGGCGGCAAGCGGGCCCUUACCACAUCCUGGAGCGUCGAGAAGAAGGAAAAACUCGGGUUCUCGGGCAGCGGUGAACCUUUCGACGCUUUAGAUCCCCAGAAAGCCUACGAAAUGGUGUUUGAUUUGCGCCUCACGGACGAGCAACUGGUGGAGAACGGAUAUCCCCGCCCGGGGGCUAAGCGCGGCUCGGCAGUGAUACGCGCCUGCCGUCCCAACCGGCGACCCAACGAGAGCGAACGGUAUUGCUCCCGCUGCGGCAAGGUGUUCAGCCUGGACAUCUACGAUCGGCACGGAGCCGACAUGUGUAACUAUCAUCCCAAGAGCACUGGGUAUCGACGAGGAUUCACCGACAAUCAGCACCGAUGCUGCCAGCAGCCGGCGGGCACUCCGGGCUGCACCUACGCCAACUACCACGUCAGCGACUACUACGACCCGGACAAGCUCACCUGUUUUGUGAAGACGAUCGAACGAGAGGAGGAAUACGUUCCCACCAAGAAGGAUAUCUUCGCCUUGGACUGCGAGAUGUGCUAUACCACGCACGGCAUAGAGUUGACCCGCGUCACAGUGGUGGACAUCACCGGGCGCAGCGUCUACGAUGCUCUGGUCAAGCCGGACAACCAGAUUGUGGACUAUAAUACCACCUACUCUGGUAUCACGGAGGCCAUGCUCUCCACUCAGACGCGCACUCUAAGAGAUGUACAGGCCGUUCUGAUGUCCAUGUUUCAUGCCAGAACCGUGCUGGUGGGCCACAGCCUGGAGAGCGAUCUGAAGGCUUUGAAGAUCAUCCACGACGUAGUUGUGGACACCUCGGUGCUCUUCCCCCACAAGAUGGGGCCGCCCAAGAAGCGCGCUCUGAAGACGCUGUGCAUUGAGCACCUGAAGCGCAUCAUACAGGAGAAUGAGGCCGGCCACGAUAGUGCCGAGGAUGCGGAGGUGUGCAUUCAACUGAUCAAGUUCUAUCUGCGCAACAAAAUAAGCUGAGCUGCUCCCGCUGGUCGCCUCCUCUGCCAGAAGCAAUCGGUUCAAAAGCAUUACAUACAUCUGUUAAUAUGUAUACUGCGUUCAUCCCGUAAUCAAAGUCUUAGACCCCCAAAUAAACGAACAGUGUGUAAAAUGUU